GAUUUUUAAUUUCUGCAAUGGCGGAGGAGUUCCAGGAAUCUGAGGUUAUUUUCGGUGAGAUUAAUGGAGAAGAUUCGCCGCCUCCCCAAGGAUGGAAAAUCAGCAGCAGCAGCACCACCACCAGCAGGAAGAAGCUGAAGGCGGCGCCGGCCGGGAAGGAGAACUCCACGCCGAUGAAGAUUCCGGCGGCAGGAAGGAAUAUUGCGUGGCUGCGCUACCUGGACGCGGAGCUCGACGGGGACGAUCAUGGUGAAAUGGUGCCGCCGCACAUUAUCGUAGGGCGGCGCGUGGCCGGAAAAAUGAUGGCGUUUUCGAUAUGCAGCGGGAAGGGGAGAUCGCUCAAGGGAAGGGAUUUCUGCGAGGUUCGGAAUUUGAUUCUUAGAAUGACAGGAUUUCUUGAAAAUUGAUUAAAUCAAUCCAAAAAAUGUUCAUAUUUAUUUAUUAUUUUAUUUAUUCAAAAUGUUGUAUGUAUCUGCACUUGGGCAGAAUGUUGUAUAAUUGAAUUGAGGGAAUGGUUAAAAUGUAAAAGAAUUCCCAAUAUGAGAUAUUGUUUUCACACUGGCUGGAAAAUUAGCAAAGACAUGUCCAGGGAAUAGAGGUGGGCUUGUUGGGACGAAAACAGUCAUGCAAGAUAGGUGAAGGAAGAAGGAAGUUAUGGAUAUUUUCAAUAUUUAUGCAUAUCAAAAUGUAAGUAUAUAUAUAUAUAUAUAUAUGUUGGAAAGUAAU